AUGAAGCUGUUCUUCGUCGCAACGCUGUUUUGCGCUUUCGUCGUGCUGGUGACUGGUACUGCUACUGGUGCCAAUGCCGACCGCAUGAAACGCGGGUUAUCCCCGUUGUCGCCCCGAACCAUCUACAAUCCCACGGCGAUCGAAGCUGCUAAGCGUAACUCGCCGUCGGGGAAGCCGGUCAAAUGUGUUCUGGGGCCUCUCCAAUGCUGCGAAACGUUCACCGACACCUCGGACCCGCUCGCGAAACUCAUCCUGGGCCUGCUCGGUUUGAUCUUUCACGAGAAAGAGACCUGCGGCCUCCAAUGCACUCCCUACACCGGUGUUUGCAAAUUCGAGGUUCUCUGCUGUUCGGAUACUUCUCAUGGUGGCUCGAUUGUCCUAGGCUGUUCCAAGUUCACGGUCUGA